AUGUCUUUCAAAAACGCCAAAAAUACUCUGGGUGUCAAUGAAGACAAAGGCGCUUCGAUAUCCUCACCUAGCAAAGAGGCCAGAUCUGGCGCGUCUGUAUAUCAGACUCUUGCCCCUCGCUGCAUCCGACUACUGAAGCUAUUACCUGGAAGUGGUCCCGAUCCCAUCAAGAUCCAGCUGCAACCUGUCUCUCUGGAAAACCCAGGCCCUUAUAGGGCGCUGUCUUAUGUAUGGGGAGACGCCAAGGUUGGCAGACGAACAAUACAUCUAAGCGACACCACAUUGAGUGUGACGGCCAAUCUAUUCAACGCUCUUUGUCGACACCGUCUCAAGCUUCGGUCGAUAUUGGGACCACUGAUUGCUGAUAUGAGAGAGAAAUAUAGGCAAGGGGGAAAAGCGUACCCACUUCCUCAGAGACUGUUAAAACACAUACCCAUGGAAGUUAUUGGAGAAGCAUUCAAGCAGGAGAAUGAUCCCGUAUGGAGCUCCACCGAAGUGGGGGUAGCCAAACAGUUUAUUGUCACAGAAAACGGAUUUUUCGGAACUGGGCUUCCUGGAGUAGAGGUUGGCGAUGUAGUUGCUAUUCUCGCUAGUUCUGGAAACCCAUGGUAUUUGCGAAAGCAAGGCGAGCACUACAUUGUUAUUGGAAAAGGCUGGAUACAUGGACUUAUGUGUAAAGACGACUAG